CUUGGAUCGGAUCUCGCACGAGACACGCGUGCACUCAUGGCGGACCUUGUCUCCGACGUGCUCCUGUCCUUCUUCUGCUGCUGCUUCUACCCUCCCGGGGGGCACCACGACAUGCGACACCACCACGGCCACCCGGCGGGCAGAAACUCCGUGCAUCGUCACCACCACGGCGCCGCGGGUCGUACGGUGGCCAGUCGGAGCAGACCGACCCUAUCUCUCCAGACGGUGGAGCUCAAGGUCCGGAUGUGCUGCGACGGCUGUGAGCGAGCCGUCAUGCAGUCUCUCGUGAACCUCCGAGGCGUGGACAGCGUGGAGGUAGACGCGGGGACGGGGAGGGUUAGGGUGACGGGGUACGUGGAGCGGGGGAAGGUGCUGCGGGAGGUACGGCGCCGGAGCGGGAAGAAGGCCGAGUUCUGGCCUAGCGGCGGCACGCCGCUGCGCUUCGCGUCUCCCGGGGGCUGCUUCGGCGGCGGCGGCGGCGAGCCGUACCGAGACAGCUAUAGCUACCAGCGGCGCGGCUACGGUGAUGGAGGUGAUCGUCACGGCCGCACCCGCAGGCCUGCUCGUGGCGGCGACGCCGUCAGCAACAUGUUCAACGACGAUGAUGUCAACGCGUGCGCGAUCAUGUGACGGCCUGAGUCCUGACGAGGAUUAUUUGGGGCAACGAAAACGUGCUGGCGUUUCAACCGGCUCUAGUUUCCGUGGGAAUACCAUGAAUCUUUUUGUACGAUGAGAUUGUAGUGCACCUGAUCUCCUUACCGCAUGCAAAUGUAUUAGUAGUACUUUUUUUUAAUGAAAAGGGGUUUCCCCCACCAUUUUAUUCAUAAA